AGUCCAAAACACGUGUUCCGCCUCCUCUUUCUAUAUCUACCACAUCAUCCUAUCACCCCCGAGAGCAUCACUAAAAUUUCCAAUUCAAGUGUUAUUGCAUAUUUUCCGUCCUUGCAGAACUUUGGAAAUAUGUCUCAGGUUGUGCUCAUUUCAGAAUGUUUUGUGCGACCCAAAUCCGAGAUUCAUCACUCUGAAAAGGACCAUUACCUGAGUCCAAUGGCUUUAGAAUUGCUGUCACUAGGAAACACACAAUAUGGUCUCCUUUUCAAUACCUCAUCAUCUUCAAACACCAAGAAUAUCUUUGACAACCUUCAAAAGUCUCUUUCUCAUGCCCUUGUCUAUUUUUACCCUUUGGCUGGUCGCCUCGUUACCAAAAAAUACGAAGAUGAACAUAGCUGCUCUAUAUUCGUCGAUUGCCGUAAGGGUGCUGGAGCCAGGCUCAUCCAUGCUUCGGCCUUAGAGCUUAGUGUAGCUGAUGUUGCCGAAACCAGCACAGAUGUACCUUUGGUGAUCCAGUCAUUCUUUGAUCUCGGCGAGCGACAAGUUAAUCAUGACGGCCACACCAGAGCAUUGUUAUCUGUUCAGAUGACAAAUCUUGCUGAUGGUUUGUUUAUUGGAUGCUGCAUCAACCAUUGUGUUGGUGAUGGCACAUCUCUGUCUCAUUUUCUUAAUAUCUUGUCCCAGAUAUUCGUUUCCGGAUCGGAAACAACACAUAUCUCACGCCUGCCUGUCUUUAAAUUACCCCUUUCAAUUUCUGAGAACUAUCCAACCUUGAAAUUACCAUUCCUGGAAGAGAAUGAAGUUAUAACCCGAUUCAAUGAAAGCCAUCUACUAAGAGACAGAAUAUUCCAUUUCUCAGCUGCAUCAAUGGCGAAACUCAAAGCCAAAGCCAAUGCCGAGGUGAAAAAUAUGCUACCAACACUCUCUUCUUAUAAGGCAUUGUGUGGGCUUAUCUGGAAGGCAAUUACUCGAGCUCGGAAACUAUCCAGUGAUGAAGACACCAGAUUUAUAUUGGCAGUAAAUAUUAGGCCUCGUUUAAACCCACCUUUGUCUCCUGACUAUUUUGCAAACAGCUUUGUUACAGCAGUGGCUACUGCGAAGGUUGGUGAGCUGCUCGCAAAGGACUUAGGUUGGGCAACCUUGCUGAUCCACCAGGAGGUCGAGGCAGUGGAUGAUCGAGCAGCCCGUGAAAAGUUGGUGUUACCCCCUGGUAAGAGUCCCAAAGUGAAGCGCCCUGGGUGUAAAUCGUAUGGGGCUAACCCGGUGUUUAUGGGUGGUUCACCCAGAUUUGAUUUUCAUGGAGCUGAAUUCGGGUUUGGUAAAUCAGUUACUGCUAGGACAGGGUACACCAACAGAACUGAUGGGAAGCUUACAUCUUUUCCAGGCUGUCUUGGUCCGAAUAGUGUCGAUCUACAAGUUAGCCUUGAGAAUAUGAAUGAGCUUUUGUUGGAUGAGGAAUUCAUGAAUUAUGUUUCAUGAACUCACCUCAUUCAUUUGUCCUUGUAAUGGCGAUUCUGUUUCAUUGCAAUCAGGGAUUGUAUUUCUACAUUUCAGGCUAUUCAAUGUUCAAUAAGACAUCCGCCCUUUAAUGACAACUAGCCUUACAUGCACGUGACACGUGCAAAAACAAAUAAAAAGCUUGAUUGUGUAAUAACUAAUGAGAAAAGGAGUAAAGAGUAAUUUAAUGUACUGCCAGUGAUGAUCUGUCAUUAGUGUACUGCAAUUUUGUCCUUUUUAUUCUGUCAUUUUGUCCAUUUAUUCUCUGGUGAUUAUUCCUUGUUUUUGUCCUAGAGUGAUUAUAUAUGAUGUAAUGAGAUCAAGGUAAGGCAGUAGGAUUUUAAUGAAUCAAUACAACAACACCAUAAAGUUGUUUUCUCUCCCUC